CCCUUCUUUGCUAUAGAAGACAACCUUUUCUUCUUCUUCUUCUCGUACCCGCAUCUCAGACACCAUCUUUUACCAGACGAUGAAGCUGAGACCUUUAUUCUUCUCGAAACAAGCAAUCGCCAAUCUAUCAAGACCCACGAGAAGAGUGAUCCACUCUUUUCCUCCGGUUCACAGAAAUGUGCCCUGCAUUACGACCUUGAUCUCACCUUCCAUAUCUCCGGCAAACUUUCAUGGCUUCAUUCCUAUAGGAAGAGCGAAGUUCAUGUCAUUCCCAAGCCGAUUUCUGCAUUCUGCUCAAGAAGCCCAACCGGUUGACUCGGACACUGAGGCGGAGUCUGACUUCGAGGAUGGACCCAUGAACGAGUUCUUGUCACGAUUCGUCUGGAUAAUGCGCGGGAAACUCACUGAAGCUUACCCGUCUUGUGACAAGCAGACCAUAGAUAGCAUGCUUUUGAUCAUUGUGGAGAAGGUUGUUUCAGAUAUGGAGAAGGGUGGGCUCGGACAGAUGCUCGGUGCAGCCGCGAGCACUCCUUCACAUGAUUUCAGUGAAGAUUUAUGGAAAACAGUCUGGGAGAUCAGCAAUUCGGUCCUUGAUGACAUGAAGAAGGCGAUGAAGAAGGAAGAAAUGAAGAGAUUUCUCCAAUCCGAAGAUGUUAAGGAGAUGUGCCGAUUUGCCUGCGAAGUGGGUAUUCGAGGAGACAUGCUUAGGGAGCUGAGGUUCAAAUGGGCACGCGAGAAAAUGGAGGAGAGUGGUUUCUAUAAGAAUUUGGAGCGUCUUCGGGAAGAAGCUCGACAACAAGAACAUGAAGAAGGAAAGAAAGCUGAGAAUAAGGAGGAGGGGAUUGUUUCGGAUGAAUCGGAUGUGGUUGAAGGGAAACCAAGGGCCAUUACACUUCCACAGAGACGUGGGAAGAUUAAGUAUAAGAUUUACGGUCUUGGUAUGUCCGAUCCAAAAUGGGCUGAAGUGGCUGAUAGGAUCCAUGAAGCAGAGAAACUCAUUACGCCCGAGGAACCAAAGCUUCUUACUGGGAAGUGCAAGCUGGUCACUGAGAGAAUCCUAUCUCUGAAGGAGGAGGAUGACCCAUCUUCUUUGCUGGCUGAGUGGGUGGAGCUUGUUGAGCCUGGGAGGGUUGAUUGGCUUGCUUUGCUUCGCAGGUCGGAAGAACGAAAUGGGAAUUUAUACUUAAAGGUGGCUGAGCUGGUUCUGAAUGAGCAAUCUUUCCAGGCAAAUAUCCGUGACUACUCAAAACUCAUUGAAGCUCAUGCCAAAGAUAACCACUUAGAAGAUGCUGAGAGAAUCCUUCAGAAGAUGACUGAAAGGGGUAUUGAACCAGACAUUUUAACCUCCACCAUCUUGGUUCACAUGUAUAGCAAGGCAGGCAAUCUUGAUAGGGCAAAAGAAGCAUUUGAAAGCUUGAGGAGACAAGGUUUCCAACCUGAUGUAAGGACCUACAACUGGAUGAUCAUGGCUUAUGUAAAUGCAGGUGAACCCAAGUUGGGUGAGUUGCUAAUGAGAGAGAUGGAGGCAAGAGACAUUAAACCUAGCAAAGAGAUCUACAUGGCACUACUGAGAUCAUUUGCCCAACGUGGUCAUGUUGAUGCGGCACAAAGAAUUGCGACAGUAAUGCAAUUUGCAGGAGUUGAGCCUAACUUGGAGUCAUGCACAUUACUUGUUGAGGCCUAUGGGCAGGCAGGUGAUCCAGAUAUGGCCAGGAACAACUUUGAUUAUAUGAUAAAAAUGGGCCACAAGGUUGAUGAUAGGUGCACUGCUAGCAUGAUUGCAGCCUAUGGCAAGAAGAACCUUUUGGACAAAGCUUUGAAUCUUCUCUUGCAGCUUGAGAAGGAUGGAUUUGAACCAGGUGUUGAGACAUACAAUGUCUUGGUGGAUUGGUUAAGUAAGUUGCUUCUUGUUGAUGAAGCUGAGCAACUAAUAAGUAAGAUUGAUGAGAAGGGUGAGGCUCGUCCGUUCAGAGUUCAUGUGAGCCUCUGUGAUAUGUAUUCAAGGUUGGGGAUUGAGAAGAAAGCUCUGGAAGCAUUAGGAGUUGUAGAGUCCAAGAAGGAGCUCUUGAGAAAAGAUGAUUUUGAGAGGAUAAUAAAUGGGCUAAUAGCUGGUGGAUUUGUACAGGAUGCUAAGAAGAUACAUGGCCUGAUGGAGGCCCAGGGAUUUGCAACAUCAGAGCCUCUUAAAGUGGCACUGAUGGCAUCUCAAACUUUCUCCCGCCAGAGACCGACAAAGAGAUGAGAUGGAGAUAUGAUUGAACAGACUGUGUCAGACUCCUAAGUGGGAGGAGGGGGCGGGGGAAUCGGACAUUUUCAGGUCUGUGCUUUGUUGAUGCACUCAUGCACCUUUAUUUAUCCUCACCAUUUGGAGCAGUAAAUCUCUUCCCUUUGUGUGGCACUAUGCAGAGUGUUGUUUUGACAGUUAAAAGUGAAGAGGAAAGUCAUUCCAUUAGUUAAGAGGAAGGCCAAUUGUUAUGCCAUAAAAUUGCAAAAGCUUAGCUUUGCGCUUAAUUAGGCAAACAUCUUGCAAGUUAUUUUGCUUGUUUUUUUUUUUCGUCAGAUAGAGUGCAGACGUGGUGAUAUUUCCUGAGCUAUUUACGGUUAGGUAUCUCACGUGAAAAUUGAAUUGUGAGACACUAAGUCAUAAAAGAAAACGGAUUUGUUUGCUUA